UCGAAUCCCAAAACGUGUUUUCUCUUUCUUUCUCUCUCUCUGGAGUCUGGAUCCAUCAACAAGUGCCUGAGAGGAUCGAUAUUUUCUUACAAGGAAAAGGAAACUGAAGGAAUUCUCUUCAUCGGAUAGUACUACCGUUCGAGAUCGAGCUGUUUUUCCAUUUCUUGGCAGAGCUAUCACUCUCAGUAAUCAUAAAUGUAUGAUAAUCCGAGACCCCAAAUGGGGAUGCCAAGACCGGCAGUACAUCCUCAACAAACUCCUUUUGGGAAUGAUUUUGUUGGAGUUGGUUCGGGACUAAUAAGAGGUGGCCUAGGUGCUUAUGGAGAGAAAAUACUAGGAUCAAGUUCAGAAUAUGUCCAAAGCAAUAUAAGUAGAUAUUUUGCUGAUCCUCAAUACUAUUUCCAAGUUAAUGAUCAAUAUGUGAGAAACAAGUUGAAGGUUGUCUUCCUUCCAUUUCUGCAUAGGGGUCCUUGGACAAGGAUAUCAGAACCAGUAGGAGGGAGACUUUCUUACAAGCCUCCCAUCUAUGACAUUAAUGCUCCAGACCUGUAUAUUCCUCUGAUGGCAUUUGGGACAUAUGUCAUUCUAGCUGGAAUCUCACUUGGGCUUCAAGGGAAGUUUAGACCGGAGUCUCUGAAUUGGCUUUUCAUAAAAGGUUUGUUGGGUUGGUUCAUGCAAGUAUCCCUUCUAAGGGUGUCCUUGUUCUCAUUGGGAAGUGGGGAAGCACCCUUACUGGAUAUCGUGGCAUACGGAGGGUAUACGUUCACAGGUAUGUGUGUGGCUGUUUUGGGGAGAAUUAUAUCGGGAUAUUCCUACUACUUCUUGAUGCCUUGUACCAGCUUGUGUAUGGGUAUAUUCUUGGUGAAGACAAUGAAGAGAGUUUUGUUUUCGGAACUAAGGACUAGUUAUGACUCCACUAGGCACCAUUAUCUUUUGCUUUUCAUUGGUUUAGCUCAGUUCCCACUCUUCAUUUGGCUAUGUAAUAUUAGUGUUAACUGGCUGUUUUAGAUAUUUUUUUUUACACUUUUGUUUUUGGUUUGUGUAUUUAUUUUGUUUGCAAUUAGAAAAGAAAAACUAAAUUAGUGUUUGGGUAUAUUAUUUUAUAUAGGUUGCUUGUAUUUCUCA